AUGCAAAAAUAUAAAUCGAUAAAAACCUGGGAGAGAUUAAACAAAAUAAAAGCGCCAGUGCCUAAAUAUGAGUAUGAUAACUUUAAAGAGAUUGAUGAGAAGUUUAAAUAAUUUGAAGAGUAACAAGGUGAUCCAGAAUUCAGUAAUACAACUACAGCCUUUGGAACAAUCCUUAUUUAGACAGCAGUCUAAGGAUUACAAAUGACUAAUGUAUUCUAAAGCUAGGGAUAACCCUUAAACAGGCUGAGUCAAAGGUUUUCAUUCACAUAAUUUAAUUAGCAUCCUGAAGGCGUUUGAUAUCAAUCCUACCCAAUUAAAUUAGCUAAAGACAUCUUCAGAAAGACAGUAAUUUUUACCUAAUAAGCAAGUGAAUACAUUAAGCUUUAAAUGAAUAGUACCAUUGAUACAUUGUUAAAAAACUGGUCUGAUAAGAUUAUUCUAAAAGAACAAAAGUAUAAAGAGACUGACCAAUAGAUGAAAAAGGAGAAGAUAAAUAAUUAAACAAAAAAGCACUUUAAAUGGUUAUAAUUGAAAACUAAAUAUGAGCAAUUAAAAAAUAAAUUAAGAUAAAUUGUAGUAGACAAAUUAAACGAUUAUGAGAAUCAGCAAUUGGCUGCCAAAACUCAAAAUAAGCAUUUAAUGCUAAAAAAUGUGUAAGUGAUUACAACCCGUCAUAUAUUUGAGAAUAUGGAAAAGUAUGGUCAUUCUAAUGAAUUUCAUUUUUUAAAGUCGUUGGGAUAAGAUAGAUUGAAACACAUAAAAGAGAGGUCGAAUAGACAGAUGACAUAGCAAUUUGACAAUUUCAAUGAUGAAGGAUAAAAAUAAUCAUAAUAUCAAGUGGUUUGGAAUAAUUAACAGGAGAAAGUGUUUACUAAGUAAAGAAGUUAAACUAAACAAUUAUUUACGUAUUUCUAUAGUUCUCAAUAUUUUUAGAAAUGAAAUAGCAUGUUCUAAUUGGAAUGAUUUAGGAUUCUUGCCUAUUCUGCAAUAGAUGACAUUAAAUGAGAAAAAAAAAUAGUAAAGAGAACACAUUCUUAACAAAUAUACAGAUGGAGAAUUUCUGACAGCCUAAGAGUUACAAUUUUUGGCCAACACUAGCGAAUUGCUCAAUGCUUGUUUGGAUAAAGAUUUCUUUUAGAGAGCUGCCAAUUAAGUAAAUCCAGAUUUGUUAUUCAAUAUGGAAUUGUCAUUGGCUGAAUAGAUUUUAAAAGACUAUGGAGAAAUGAAAUCUGCUACAAUUAAUGCUAGAUUGCAAUACAUUAGAAUGAAAAUAGAAAAAACGAAAUAGAAAUUAGCAUAAAGAGAGAAAAAAUUGUAAAAACAAUCUAUUGAUGAAUAUAAUAUGGAGUUAAAUAGAAAGUAUAUAAAAGUAUGCAAAACGGUAGUUAAGCAUAUGGAAAGGACUGGAAAGUUUGAAGAAAAGAUUCCUAGUGAAAUUCCAGGAGCUACUCAAUUGAAGGAUUAUUUAAUGGGUAGGAUUACUGAGAGACAAUUCAUUACGAAAUUGUAUGACUAUGUUUUUGAAAAAGAGAGGAAGAGAUAAUAUAUUGACAUGAAUGAUGAGGACAAUUUAUUUUAAAAUUAUCCAUCUAAAUAAUAAAUAGCAAGUUCAAAAUAAAUUCAACCUUAAAGUCCAAGAUUGAAAAAUGAAAAAAAUAAAAGAUAGGAAUACUUAAAAUAAAUGGCUAGACCUAAAAGUACUAUUGGAAUAUAAUUCACUUAAAAUAUCAAAAGACAUGUUUUCCAUCCUUCCACAAAGUUAUUAAUUGAUAAAAAACUUGAAUGUGAAGAUAAUGAAUUAGCUUAUAUCAAUCCAAUCUAUGCUUAAUACAACAAAUCAGAAUAAGAGAAAUUUAAAUUAGGCUUAAAGAGUCAUCCUGCUUUGAGAUAAAGAAAAAACUUCUUAAAAUUUUAUUCUGGUGGACCUCCCAAUCAACCUGAGUUAGAACAUUGGAAAAGUCCUAAUUAUUAACCUACGUAAAGAGAAAUAAGAGCAGCAAUCAUGAUCUAAAGAAAACUGAGGUCAUUAUUUAGAGAAAAGAAACUAAGGUAAAAAUUGGAGGAAAGAAGAAAACAAAUCUAUUAUUUAUUCAAAGACAAUUGUGAAAAUAUGAUUCAUUAGAUUGAAUUAGGAUAAGAUUAAUAGGUUUCUUAUUUUUAUUUAAACAAAUAACUUGAAAGAUGUAAAACAAUAGCUAGAGAUCAAAUCAAUUUUAGUAGUAUAAAAACUGAAGAAAACACCCGCAAAAACACAGAAAAGAAAAGCUUUCUCUUAAGCACAGGAGCAUCUACUCCUACUACUAAAGGAAUUUAAAGUUUAAGAAUUCCUGCUCCUUCAAAUAAGAUUAAGGUUGAUUUUUUAUUUGAAGCAGUCCGAAAAAAUAGAAUUAUGAUGAUAAAGUAAGCUCAUUUUGUCUAUUCUGCGAAUGAUGUCAACUCAUAAAACUAUGAUGGAAUCACUCCCCUACAUGUUGCAGUUGUAAAAGGUAAUUGGGACUUUGUAGAAUGGUAUAAUAUAUAACUAUGACAAUUUAGGUUGCUAUAGAAUGGUGCAGAUCCCUAUAUUAUGGAUUAAUCUAGUAUUACUCCCAUUGAUAUGGCCAGGCAUUUAAAAUAAACUAAAGUAACAUGUAUUUCACUUAUCAUUUUAGAUUAUAAGACUCUUUGAGUAAUACAAAAAAAUAUGAG